UAUAGCUUUCCUAACACAAAGGUUUAUAUAUUAGAGAUAAUAUAGAGGCACUGUCUAUCUUAUGCAUCAGACCUAACCCUGGAGCCCCUGGGGGGCUGUCACAGACCGGUGUGCAUGGUGCACUAAUCCAGGAAGGCGGUGUGCCGAGGCGGUCAAGUGGGCCGAGGUUUCAACCCGAAAAAGUCUGGAGUUCUGCCGGCCAAAACCUGCCCUUGUUCCGUCCUCUUUUCUGCUUUGCGACAGGCGCCACACGCCCACGUGCAUCCCUCAUGCCUCACCCCCCGUGCACGACCUUUGUUCUCCUGCUCCCCCCUCAUUCAUGUUCCGACCAGCACGCAGCCAUGGCAGAGCUCUCCAUGCAGUCCUCCGGCCCAGUGCCCGCCUGAGCCUGAACGUGGCCGUGGCCGGUGACGUCGGCAGGGCAUCAUGGAACACGCCGCUCCAGCGGCGCUGGAACUGGACCAGGCCGUCCAGGAACAAGGCCCACCACUCCUUUUACGAGGCCGAGUAUCCCACGGCCGAGAAGCUCCUCGAGACCGGCAUCUUCACUCCCCGCACCAAGAGUGCUAGGACUCGGCCCGGUGCUGAUGGCAACAGAGUCAACCUCGUCAACCCGAAACUUGCCGAUGACGUUAUAGAGUACAUCAGACCGUCCCUCGAGCGCCACAAGGGCUGCGACCUGAUCACCAUGUACCCCGGCGCCGGCCUCUUCACCAAGGCCCUGCACGACGCGGUCCAGCCCCGCUCACACAUCCUCCUCGAGCCCGACGAGCAGCUCUACGCGCCCUACCUCGAGCCCCUCCUCAGCGACCCGGCCGUGACGCUGCUCCCAAAGUCCGGCAUCGUGUGGCAGGAGCUGCAGGAGAUCCUCACCCCGAAGUACCUGCCCCACCAGGUCGAGAUCGACCGCCGUGACUUCGACACCGACCCCCCGCGCAACGACACCCUCCUGGUCCACAUGAACCUCGCCAUGUACCCCAAGCGCAAGUACGGCCUGUUCGACUCCCUGUCGCGCAUGGUCCUGUACCAGCUCAUCAGCUCCGUCCGCACCUCCACACUGUUCCAGAAGUACGGCCUGGUGCGCAUGCUGGUCUGGGUCCCCGACGAGGAGAAGGACUCGGUCAUACCACGCGUGCUGCAGGCCAGGAAGAAAGGGGCCAUCGAGGCCGAGAUGGUCACCGAGUACAUCGCCGAGGUCUGCGGCAAGGACGGCACCCUCGACGACGAGACCGUGGUGUUAAACUCCAGGAGCACCAUCGCCCGCCCGCACCAGUUCAACCUGGAAAGCCUGCGGCAGACGCUGGUCCGCAUGAAGGAGGCCGGCCACGUCACCCCGCCGGGCAGGCAGACGAGGCUCCUGCGGCAGUUCGGGGAGGAGAAGAAGUCCCUCAGCAGGCCCAUCCCCCUCACCCGCGAGGCCUUCACGGCCGACAAGGGCUUCUACGUCGAGCUCGCAGACAUGAGGGCCCAGAAGGAGCAGGGCCUGAUAGCCCCCGGGACCAAGGAGGCAGCCCGGCUCAAGAUGCUCUCCCACUACAACACCUGGCUCGACAAGCUGGCGGUCCGCCUCCUGGACUUCAUCCAGCGGAGCGACGCCGUCGCCGAGCAGUACAGCAAGGCGGAGCAGGCCAGGGCCGACGGCGAGCGGGAGCGCGCGCAGGAGCUGCUGGACAAGGCCGUGAAGGCCAACGACAAGUACAACGCCGAGGUGCGCAAGCUGCCCGAGUACGUGCGGCAAUCGCUGAACCUGAUGCGCGACCAGCUGCAGGUGCUGCGGCAGCCGGCCGGCAUGGGCCCCGUGCUGUCGUGGGACCGGCGGCCCUGGGAGCCGCUCAAGGUGCAGGCCGCCGAGUUCUUCCCCAACCAGCCCUGCGCGCUGAUCGACAUCCAGCCCAAGGCGCCCGACAGGCUGCUGCGGCACAUCGGGCCCGGCACCAGCAACGCGGGCGACAUCUUCGACCUGAUGCUCAGCAGCAUCAUGCGCAACACCCUCGUCACCCUCGCCGACAACAUGGACCACGUCUGGCCGGGCGCCUCCGAGGGCCUCCGGGGCCAGUGCAGGACGGUGCACGACCCGGCCAUGGGCGGGUCCCCGCUCACGGGCGAGGCCGCCCCCAGCGCCCGCGCCGCCAACCAGGCGCAGCUGCUCGACCUGCUCCGCGAGUUCCUCCGCUGGCCCUUCAUGCCCACCUACCACGAGCUCGUGGGCCGCCUCGAGGACGACGGCCUCGUCGACGACGCCUCGUUUGGGUUUGACGAGGAGGGGCCCGCGGGCAUGAACCUGGGGAAUACCACGGGGGAUGCCUUCUAUUAAGCAGUGAACCUCGGGGCUCUGGGGAGAGAGGAGCAUGUAGGUCAGAGGUCGGUUGGUGGCUGGUUUGCAUAUAUAUUGGAGUUACCUGCGUGUUAGUGUUGCUGCUUGGAUAUAGUAAGCACAAAAUAUCAAUCUACAUAUUGCAUAUUACUUGGCUGUCCGGGCCGUCGAGGAAAACCAUGCUCCCAACGAGCCCCGUCUUACCGACGAGACGAGAGCCGGUGCGCGCCGCGGCAUGCCUGUCUGCUGGCCUUUGCUGCGCGCCACAGGACAGGCGCUACGUAUUAAUCUCGGAUUUUCACUACAUAUGCAACCUUCUCUCACAUAACCUCGGGGGGGACCAAGGAACGGCCCGCACGGCUGUGCGCUCUGCAUGUGCUGUGAUUUGCAACGUCUAGAAUCCUCGGCGUCGAGGGAGAUGGGCCCGGGGCUAGGCCCGGGAUGCUACCCAGGUAGACCCUGCAAACUGUUGUCUUCGACGGUGGCAGGUAGAGAGGUCACACUCUGUGGCGUGAUAUUCAUCCUCAUCUUUGGUUUCUGUGGUCAAGAUCGUGUCCAGUCUCGGAAUUGUCCUGAGUAAUAAAUCGCCGAGAGCCCAGGGGGCCUUGUGAUCAGCGCAGCAUCGUCAAAGGAUAGACACCCACUUGUCAUGGAGGUACGGUCGGGCAAGGAAGUUGGUCCACACCCGUGGCACAACCGGCGAGGCUCUGCGUGUACACCGUACAUAGUAAUAGUAGCGUGGCGGCCUCUUCCUCCUCUUUCCCGGCCACCGGGAGGGCGGGUGUUUGACGUCGCAGCCGCGACUUGACGCAGUCGACCGUCUCAUGUUUGGGAUGCCGUGGCGGCGCCGUCACACUUUGACCUCUGGGAGUACUAGUGAUGAUUAGUUGGCGGGCGGGACGAGGAGGAUUAACCGUGUUCGGCCUGGUUUCCACGGUCAAGUGCUCUCUGGGUUCCUCCGAGGCCCAUUUCCCACGUUGCUCCGGGUUGUGCUCCGGUUUGUCGUGUCUGGGGGCGACCAGUCGGUCCCUCCCAAGACAUGGGCCGCUGACUGCACCGUCGCUGUCUCAAUGUAGUUCGUUACUUAACCGAUGCCAAUGUCUUGGCCGGCUAUUGGCCUACGUGGUUGGUUGUGUGGACUUCGGUAUGGAUGAGAUCUCGGCCAUCUGGGCGUGAACCCUUGCGGUUGUUUUGAUAGUAACACCUGGGCAAGUUCUUCUUGGAUGUGUGUCGGGCUGUUGUGCUGCAAGCCUCAGGAGUCGCAUCUGUCGUCUGGAUGGGGCAAGGCGGCUCUCAAGAGUCAACGGGGCUUGCUAGCCUGACAGAGUCCUGGGUGCGUCCAGGGUGCCACCUGGGCAAGGACCCAGGGAUCUAAAUUAAGGUCCAUGGACUGCUCCGCUCCCCCCAGUGGGCUGGACCGAUCUUCCAUCAUGCCGUCUAGCCCGUCUUGCCCGUCCACGCUCCAUGGGUUUAGCUUGUGGGGGACUUUUGGUCGGGGGGCUGCCCCUGGGAUCGGCCACCUUGGGUCCGAUAGUCAGCACCAUGCCGAGCAAUUGAGAGAGCAGCACGCAAUACGAGCAAUGAAUGGGUGGUGAUGGCUGAUGUGGGAUGGAUGGCAUGCAUGCAUUUGGUGAUUUCAUGAGGUGAAUGGACAUCACGAGAAAUGACCUUGGUAGAGGACACGACACGAGGUCUUGCUGACUGUAGCGAUUGACUCGGCCAGUCGCCUGCUGUGGCUGCGACUGGCUGAUGGUGAUGAUGAUCUUCUUCAGGGGCUUGCAUGGGCGGCCGUUAUGAAAGGAUGCUUGGGUCGCUAGUCUUUUGAAUGACCGUUUUGAAUGGCCAUUUUUUUUUAGGCGUCACCGUUUUGUAUUGACCGAUCCGUCUCCGUCAGGACGAGACGGGCUGGCGGGCUGGCGGGCUGGCAGGGCAGAAAAG